AUGAAAAUACUUUCCGACGAAGAAAAAAACGCACAUUGGAAUGCAGUUUUAUACGAAGGUGCUAAAGGUUGUGCCGUUGGUGCUGGUAUUGCGUUUGGUUUAGUCACCUACAUAAAAAAGAGACAUGCUGUAAACUAUGGUAGAAUGAGUGCUUCAGUUAAAAGUGCUUUAUGGGCAAUGCCAGUGAUUACUGUAGGUGCUUUCUAUGCGGACGAUGGGUCUGUUAAGUUCGAUGAGGAAUGGCACAGAUCAUCGUACUUGAAGCAAAAAGAAGAAGAAGAAAUGAAAAAAUGGAAUGAUUUAGCAUGGUCAGACCAGUUGUUCUACAAAGUUAACAAUAACAAGUACAGUCUUAUUGUCGGUGCAUGGGCUGCUUCGCUCUAUGGAUCGUGGAAGGUCGUUAACAGGGACAAGUUCAUGAGUGCUUCUCAGAAAGCUGUUCAAGCGAGAGUUUACGCUCAAGCUAUUACCGUAGUUUUGUUGCUUGGUACUAUCUUGAUGAGUUUGCACGAACAAGAAUUGAGGAAGAGAGAGCCUGAGGCUGUUCCAGAAUGGAAAAAAUACUUGCAAGAACAAAGUGAAAAGAAGAAAGAGCAAGAAGCCCAUGCUUCAACUAACUAA